CGUCUUUUUCUCCCGAUGCCAGGGCUUUUGGCUCAUUCCCAUUUUCAGACGAGCUGUCGAAACUCCGCAAAGUCGAUGCUGAGUAUCACCACGUGAAGAGCAAGUCCGAAUGCCUCGAAACCACGCGGGAUGAGAUUCGCAGCUCAAUCCUCAAACACCUGAGGGAACCCAAGAACCGAUUUGUGUGGCUGCGUAGUUCACCCGGAACCGGGAAGACUGCGAUAUCCAUGGGUGUAGCCUCGACUCUUGGUAGCCAGGGUACCCUUGCUGCGUCCUUCUUCUGGGACAAGGAACGGGUCUUGAUUCUUUUUUUUUAGAGCGAUUUCCCUCCACCCUUGCUCUGCAGAUUGCGGCGUUCAAUGCCGAGUACAAGAGCUUCGGCAGCCAGCUUCAUUGAGCAGUACUCGGGGUUCUGCUACAGAGAAAGAGAUGACAGCCUGGAUCAUCCACCCUUUGCGCCAACUCGGGGAUAUCCUGUCCUCAAGGGGGGACCGCGCAGUGAUUGCUUUGGACGGAUUGGAUGAGUGUGGUGACCCGGAAACACUCAGAUCGUUGAUGAAGCUCAUCCUUCUGCUUGAUGAGCUACCUUCGACCUUUGCUGUGCUGGUCAGCUGUCAUCCCGAACCGCAAGUCAUUUCGGCUUGGGACCGGGCUGGAGCGCGGUAUCCGCCGAUUGUGAUUGCUCAUGAAGAUGCCGAUAGGAUUUCGAGGCAUGACACUUUCUACACCAUCCAUUGUAUGGUUGAGGAUGGGCUCCAAGAUUGUAUCGCAGACUCGCAGUGGAAACCAUCCAAUGAGGAUCUUGAUUCCUUCAUCACAGCUUGCCGAGGAUUGCCCAUUAUAGCCUCCAUCCGCAUCCUCAAGAGAAAACCGCUUUCAGUCCGAAUCUGGACUUCGCGUAUUGAGCUCGAAUACUUUCUGAAUCUCAUGGAUGCACCUGCGGAUCUCAACUCGGAGUAUUUUCGGAUACUGCGACGAGCAUAUAUGCCCCAUUCCUCAAACAUUUGUCCACAAGUAGUCAACGAAUUAUUGUAAGGUAGUGGCAAUGAUGGUUGCAGCAUGGCAGGAACUCAGCAUG